AUGGCGGAGGAGGUGUACGAGGACCUGAUGGGGGCCAUGGCGGAGAAGCUGGAGGCGGAGGAGUUCGUGAAGGAGCUCUGCGGGGGGUUCCGGCUGCUGGCGGACCCCGCGCGGGGGCUUAUCACGGCGGAGAGCCUGGCGAGGAGCUCGGCGCUGCUCGGCAUGGAGGGGCUGACGCGGGAGGACGCGGCGGCCAUGGUGCGGGAGGGGGACAUCGACGGGGACGGCGCGCUGGACGAGAGGGAAUUCUGCGUGCUGAUGGUGCGGCUGAGCCCCGGCAUGAUGCGCGACGCCGAGGCCUGGCUCGCGCGCGCCAUCGCCAGCGAGCUCUGCGAGAAACCCACCUCUUCUUCCUCCUCCUGA